AUGGCCUCGACUCCCACCUUCAUCCUCGUUCCCGGUCACUGGCACACACCCACGCAUCUCCGCCCACUCACUACGGCUCUCUCCGACCGCGGUCUUCCGUACAAGACCCAGCAACUCCACACUGUCGGCCGCAAACCCCCCGGCCCCCGGCCCUGCUACAGCGACGACGUCUCCGUAAUCUACACAGCCGUCACCACCGAACUCCUCGCCGGCCGCGACGUCUGUCUAGUCCUGCACAGCUACGCGGGCGUCCCAGGCGCAGAAGCAGUCAACUGCUUACUCAAAGACGGCGUGGUCGAAACGCCAGACUUCCGCCGCUGGGACUUUGGCUAUGCGCCUCCCGAAGGCAUCCCCUACAAACCACUCGGCAGUCUGGUGAAAGUGGUCUUCAUAGCCGCCUACACCAUCCCCGCCGGCGUGAACAUCGAUCCCAAAGACUUCGUCGGCCCUUCAAAUCCGGGGUUCAGCAUCGACAGCCAUAAUAUGACUCAUAUGGCCUCACCCUGGCACUUCUUUUUUUCGGACCUCCCGCUCAGCGCCGCGAAACCAUACGUAGACGCUUGCGCAGAGACGUACUACGUGGGACCCAUGCACCUGACUUCCGAACGGUGGAAGAAGGCGCGAGUAUCAACGUUGAUAUGUGCAAAGGACAACGCGAUCCCGAGGUCGAAGCAGGAAGGUAUGUGGGAGUGGCUGGUGAAGCGAGAGGAGGAGCGGGACGAUGCAAGGAUGGCGGAGGAGGAAGAGGACGAGUGGGGUAAGAUGGUCGAAUGGAUUGACGCCUGUCACGCGCCUUGGGUGAAGAAGGCGGAUGAUGUGGCGGCUUUUUUGGCGAGGGGGAUUGCGAAUGCGAAGGGGAAGGCGAAAGUGGAUGGGGGAGUGGAGAGGUCGGGGUGGGCGUGA